CCUUUAUACUAUGAAUAUGUAUUACUCUCAUUGGUUAAUAAAAAGCUUACAGGCUAGUAGCUGAUCAGGAAGUUAAGUGGGAAAGCCAAACUGAGGAUGAUGAGAUGAGGAAGGGCAGAGUCAGGGGAGAUGCCAGCCAUCUGCUGAACAAACAGGAUGUAUAAAAAAAAUGAGGUAACAAGCCAUGAGCCAUGUGACAAAGUAUAGAUAGAUACAUGGGUUAAUGCAUGUGUAAGAGUUAGCUAGUAACAAGCCUGAGCUAUCAGCCUAGCAUUUGUAAUUAAUACAAGCCUCUGUUUAUUUGAGACCGUCUGUGGGACAGGAAAACUGCCUACAUAUGGCACCAAAUGUGGGGCAGGUAUUUCCACAUAAGACCUGAGAAAGCUUUAAAAAAGGCUCUAAAUGCACAGAAACGGAGCCACACUAGGCUUCCUUGUCUCAUGCCAGCCACAGUGCAGAGACACAUCUCCAGACAACUGCCUUCGAGGUGGAGCUGGCCGCCAGCGACCCUGAGCCAAGUGCUGGGCAGCGUUUGUAGAUGGAAGUUUUCCUGCCCCCACAGCCACAAACACACAGAGGCUUAUGUUAAUUACAGAGCCUCAGAUGAUGGCUCAGGUUUGUGAUGGAUUAGGGCUUCAUUUUCAUUUUGAUAGGUGAUGCUAUCCAUGUGCUAAGAUCAUGGAGUCCAUUGUGCUAAGGUCUGGCUCCUAUGAAGGUUGGGGCCUGCUCACAAGUGUUGAGAUGAAAGGUGUGUGCCACCAGGCCCAGACCUUAGCCUUCUUGUAGAGAUCAGAUUUUACCUGUUGCUCCAUGUCUUAAUUACUAUUCUAUAGCUGUGAAGAAACGCCAUGACCAAGGAACAUUAUCAAAGGAAGCAUUUAAUUAGGGGCUUACUUAUGCCAAUUUGUACUAUACCAUUUAAAUGAAGCAGUGUUCUCAUCAUUGAGGAUUACAAAAUCAAAAUAUCAACUCUGAAAAAAUGCUGAAGAUACUCACGUCCUGCAGUAUCAAAUAUUCAGCCAAGACUUAAUUAUUUCUGUGAAUAAUAAAUAAAGAAGCACACCUUCUUAUUCAUAAGCCAGUUUGCUUUCAUCUUUAGUAAGUGGUAAAAUUGCAUGCAUACCAAAAGGGAACUGGGUUUUGUUUGUUUGUUGAGACAGGGUCUCCUACAUAACCCUGGAACUCACUAAAGAGAGCAGUCUGGCCUCUGCCUGCCAGCAAAGAAUUGUAGUUUAAGGUUGAUUAUCAGUAAAUGUUUGAUUUGCAUAUGGAAAGGGUUUUCCAGUGGAAAAGCUUUAAGAAGCUCCAUUUUAACUUAUUCUGGGUGAUAUUUGAAGGAGAAACCUUACUGACUUUCAAAAAACCAAGGAAAAGCAAAUGAAGGUUUGAUGAGAAGUAUCUCCAGCUGAGGAAAGAGGCAGCCUCAAACCUUCCCACAAAAGAACCUUCAGUGAUAAAAACGGCCUGCAGGCUCCGGCAGAGUGGCCACAUGGGGCGCUCAACCGCCAGAGCGAGCAUCCUGCGGCCCUGAAGGAGGAACCUUCACGCCCCACAGCUCGUGACUUGGCGUCAUCCGAGACCCAGAGAGUACGGUGCAGGGGUUGUUCCGGGUGUUCGCCUGUAAGCGCUUUGGUCUUCGCUAAAUUUGACUUUCUAGUCAGAUUUUAGGCUCCUUCCUUUCAAAAUCCAGGUUUGACUUACAGUUUGCAGCCUGAGCGAAUCGACCCCUCCCCUCCUGGUCUCGGUGGAACGUUCUGGGAUGUACCAAAAGGUGACAAGGGGGAGACGCCAUUCGUUCAGCCUUUCGGGCCUGGAGUGGUGGGAUGUCCGGGAAGGUGCCAACGGGAGGCCACCAGGUGGUGCUGUAAUUUAACAGUCGACCCUCCUCUCCCCGCCCCACCCCGCCACACACGCGCGCACGCGCCUCCGCCCCGUGGUUUGCUGCCGAACAUUACCGAGGGUGCCAAUGGGCCGACCCGGGUGCGAGCCCGUGUACCGGUUCUGGUUUGGAAGAUGCCAAUGUGUGCAUGCAGGUGGCGCUGCCUAGUGGCUCGUCCUCACUAACUCGCAGGACUCCUUAGGCACCCGCUUCCGUAUGGCGAGGCGUCCACCGCAGCUUCCUGUGCGUCACGUCCGGUUCCCUCCCACGCCCGUGUGCCCUGCCAGCGGGCCGCCAGGGGGUGUGUAGUCCGGGCCCUGGGCUCGGAGGCGUCUCUCCUCGGUGUGAGGCUGCUCGGCCCCGAGUCGGCGGCGGCGGGAACCUGCAGUGUCGUCCGUGGGCGUGGGCGGAAGGCACUGAAUCACUCCAGUGGCAUCCCUCAGAACUGAGCCCCAGCGGGGACUGGGAUCACCCGUCCUGGAGUCAGCCCAGGUCAAGUCAGAGGCCGUUGGCACCGAGCAGGGCUGGUCGCACAGGGUUUGACUACAUAGCCCUGCUAGCUUGGAACUCACUAUGUGGAACAAGCUAGCCUGGAUCUCACAGAGCUCUAUCUCCCUCUACCUCCAAAGUGGUGGAAUUAAAGAGGAUGAGUUCAUGACUAUCAUGGAGAGCGUGGCAGCAGGCAGACAGGCAUGGUGCUGGAGCAGUCACUAAGAGCUUACAUGCUGAGAUAACAUUGAGGCAGAGAGAGGCUCCUUGGUGUGCACACUGCCUCACCAGAGAACAAGGACCAGUUGCCUAGAAUGUCAUGAAUUCCUGAUGAAAGCUAGUGUAAUGAUUGUCCUGGGAGAAAGAGAUGGUUGAGCAAGGCCUUUGCUUCCCCACUUUGUUGGAGACAGGCAUGUUGGGGUCCACCCAUAUUCAUGCAGACGAAGACUGUGGCCUCCUCCAGCUGUGUCCCUCUGCCUGGGCAGUCACUUUGAUCCAUGUGGUCCAUCCUUGAGAUUUACUUCUCACAAGUGCCCUCAGCAUGUCAUCAGCAAAAUCCCAAGCACUGGAGGAGACAGUACCCGGCUGUGAAGAAGAGCUGAAAGGAAAAACACUUCUCCCUUGGGGCCCCCUUUUUGGUCACCGGAGUGAGAAGAUUGUCUUUACCAAAGGUGAUGGCAGUCCAGAGGAGAGCCUGCUCACUGUCACCAUCACAGAGACUACUGUCAUUGAGUCGGACUUGGGUGUGUGGAGUUCACGGGCUCUCAUCUACCUCACGCUGUGGUUCUUCUUCAGCUUUUGUACCCUGUUUCUCAACAAGUACAUCCUGUCCCUGUUAGAGGGAGAGCCCAGCAUGUUAGGUGCUGUGCAGAUGCUGUCAACGACAUUAAUUGGAUGUGUUAAAAUAUUUGUUCCUUGCUGUUUGUAUCAACACAAAACCCGGCUCUCUUACCCACCCAAUUUCAUCAUGACUAUGCUCUUUGUGGGCCUCAUGAGGUUUGCGACAGUAGUUUUGGGGCUGGUCAGCCUGAAGAAUGUGGCAGUAUCCUUUGCGGAGACCGUGAAGAGCUCGGCUCCCAUUUUCACAGUGAUCAUGUCUCGGAUGAUUCUGGGGGAGUACACAGGGCUGUUGGUCAACCUGUCCCUCAUCCCGGUCAUGGGAGGACUAGCAUUGUGCACCGCCACUGAGAUAAGCUUCAACACCCUGGGGUUUUCUGCUGCAUUGUCCACCAACAUUAUGGAUUGUUUGCAGAAUGUCUUUUCAAAAAAGCUUCUCAGUGGGGACAAAUACAGGUUCUCGGCCCCGGAACUGCAAUUUUAUACCAGUGCUGCUGCUGUGGCCUUGCUGAUUCCAGCAUGGACCUUCUUCAUGGAUGUCCCAGUGAUUGGCAGGAGUGGGAAGAGCUUCAGCUACAGCCAGGACCUCGUGCUGCUGCUGCUGACAGAUGGUGCCUUGUUUCACCUUCAGAGUGUCACUGCAUACGCCCUUAUGGGAAAGAUCUCCCCUGUGACUUUCAGUGUCGCCAGCACUGUGAAGCACGCCUUGUCUAUCUGGCUCAGCAUCAUCGUUUUCGGCAACAAAAUCACCAGCCUGUCUGCCAUCGGCACCAUCCUUGUCACAGUGGGUGUCUUGCUCUACAACAAGGCCAGGCAGUAUCAGCAGGAGACCAUGCAGAGUCUGGCCACAGCCACUAGCCGGGCCCCAGAGGGUGACACAGAGUCGCUGGUUCCCCAGGACUCUAGACAGCACCACUGAGCUCAUUCUGAUGCUGUGUCCCCUGGAAACCAGGCCUAGACUGUCCUCCUGCACUCUAUGCUGGAAUAGAGAGGCAGACUACAUGGUCAGGUCUCUUGCUCCUCACUCGACAUGAGGUGAGGAAUUUGGGGAUGAGCUUCUGCCUGACAGAGCCCUGCAGGAGGAAGCAAAUGGCCUGCAGCUACACUGGCACGCUGCCCAGGCUGCAAUUGGGCCAAUUACUCGGUGGGCCAACUGUGCAUUAAGCACAGGUUCCAGUACCAACAUGAAUUGCUCUCUGCUUGAUGCCAUCCAGGAGACCUCAACUUUGUUAUGCCCACCACCACCACCGGCACUGAAGCCUCCUGGUUCCUGAUCCUCUGUGAAACAGAAAUCUCAGAUGCCAAUGACUCUAGCAUGGAGCCACAGAACCCUGGGAAACCAGAGUGGCAGACAAGUGUCUCCUUCCACAGAGGGACAGUGCUUGUGUGAAGGGAGAGUCUCUCCUUUGGGCCUGUGUUACACUGACCUACCCCACUCCAGGUUUGCUGUCUCAUGUUUCUGCUACCCUUUUGGUCAUUUCUCCAACUCUGGGAAGUAGGCGACAGAUCUCUAAUUAGAACAGGUGCCCAGGAGUUCUUUUCCAUCUUGGGUAUGAUGAAUGUGAAGCAGGCUGUUCCAAAUGACAUAGUUGACCACCCCGCACGAUUCCCCUUCAGGAUGGAUAGUAGGAAAGUGUAGCAGAGACUUUGAGUGUUUACAGGUUAUGUUGCAUUUAAAGUGACACUGCUUUUUAACAAAGCAGGCACCUGUAAAAACUUCUGGAGUGUCUGCAUGUAAGGUGAAUGAGUCUAUGUACACAGCAGCCUCUUCCCAGGGAUCAUAUGUGUCACUUCCUGAGCCACCAGGUGCCCAGAGCCUGUCCCUCCUCCCAGGGUCACUAGUGUUAGAGCUCAAGGUGUCUGAGUAGUGGAGGCUUGGGCGGCAUGAGAUGCUGAGGUUCUUCUACCUUAUCAUUUUGUGGGAUCUAAUGUAUGGUGCAAUCCAUGGCCAGCCUUUCUUUCUCUCUCCAUUGACCCAAACUCUGAGACUUACCAGCCAUAGCCACUGGCACUUCUUGUUCCAAGUCUCACUUCUCGUCUCUGCGGUACAUCUGCAGUGCCCAUGGUGGCUCACUGAUUUCCACGUUGGGCUUCUUGCCUGGAAAAUAUGAAAUAGCUCCUCAAAGAGAUAGAUUGAGGCGAAAAAGAGCAAUAAAAAGUUUAUUUACUUGAAAAAGUCUGCUAUGAUGAUGGAUCAAAAUGAGGCCUUUAUAUCUACAAGCCACCUGUUAAAGCUGUAAAGCUGACUUGUAUUCUGGACGCAGGCUAGGUAUGUUCUCUCUGUGCUGUGUAAGGUCAGCUCCACUGUGGAGGUGUUCUCUCAUUUGACUUUGCCCAGCUUUCUAGUUCCUUCCUCUUUGCCUUUCCCAAAAUAAAGGUCCAAUGGAGGGUAGAUGAUGGAUCCCUCUGGCCUUCCUACAGACCUUGACUAAUUAUGCUGAGAGCCCCAAAAAACUGGUUUCUGAGUAGUAUUUGGAAUUUCUGUCUCUGUGUCCCAUGUGGAAUUAGGAAAUGGCCCACGGUGACAUGCUCUGUCUACCCCUCACCAACUUCACCAGCCUCUCAGCCUGCUUUGAUUCUCUAAGUUUGUGGACUAGAAACAGAAACAAAGAUUUUCUUAAAGCAAUUUAUUGUAAAGCUCCUUUGAGACUUGUCCUCAUCAUAGGCAGAAAGAUCAUAGAAUCUGUACUAAAGCCAGCACCAGUACCCUGUCCAGUUUACAUUCCAUCUACAUCAUUGCCACACAUGGCCACUUCUUCCAGCAUCUCCAGGACAGGCAUGGAUCGAGAGUCCUGGAAGGACCCUGCUUGGCCAUUUGUUAUGACCAUACUGUCACAAUAUUUUUUAUUAACUUUGAGUACUUUUAUAGAAUUCUAUGUUCUUAAGAAUUGUUGCUGAUGUACAUGUAGAAAUAUCAACAACAGGUGUCUUUACUUUUUCCUGUGUCUGUGUCAUUGUCUGGUCAGUUUAAACAGAACACUGGACCUUCUGAGCCAGCCAUCUGCUUACUCACUACACCAUAUAGAUUUUUUUUAAUUUUUUUAUUUUAUUUUAUUUUAUUUUUGGUUUUUUGAGACAGGAUUUCUCUGUGUAGCCUUGGAGCCUGUCCUGGAACUCACUCUGUAGCCCAGGCUGGCCUCGAUCUCACAGAGAUCCAUCUGCCUCUGCCUCCAGAGUGCUGGUAUUAAAGGCGUGCGCACAGCAGCAGCCGCUGCCAUCACCCGGCGCAAAAUAUAUAGAUUUCUGGAAGCUGGGUGGUGGUGCACACCUUUAAUCCCAGCACUGGGGAGGCAGAGCUAGGUGGAUCUCUGUGAGUCUACAGCUUGAGAUCCAGGACAGGCACCAAAAUUACACAGAGAAACCCUGUCUCCGGAAGAAAAAAAAAAAAAGAAGAAGAAGAAAUAUACAGAUUUCUAAUUUCAAAACACUUCUAGGGGCUGGAGAGAUGACUUACUGGUUAAGAAUGGUUAAGAACUAGUAGUACCCUUUGCUGAUGACCCAUGUUCAGUUCCCCAAACACAUGUAAGGUGCCUCACAAGUGCCUGGAACUCCACCUUUAGGGAUUUUGAUGCCUCUAGCUUCUUUGGGCAUCUGUACUCCCAUGUACAUACAUACCCAUGUGUCCGCGCGCGCGCGCGCGCGCGCGCGCACACACACACACACACACAAUUUAAACAUAAAUAAAUUAAAAAAAAAACUUGCAUGGCUUUGGGGUGUAGCUUAGUGGUAUAUCACUGUUAUGUAUUGUGAGGCCCUUGGGUUGGUCCCCAGCAGCACUCAUGGGAUAGAGGGAUGAAGGGGAGACAACAAACCCCCAAAACUUACACCACUAAAAACCACAGAAGAUGUUUUGUUUUGUUUUUAAAGUUGGGCGUGGUGGCACUGACUGUAAUCAUAGUCCUGAGGAGGCAUUAGGCUACAUAGUGAUUUCAAGGCCAAUUUGGGCUACAUAUUGAGACCCUGUUUCAUAACAACAAAAAAACAUAUUUUUUUCUGAUCUUUGUAAUUUCUUGCAUAUCAGCACUAUAACUGUCUGCCUGGGAAGUUGAGAGUACUUUGUGCAAUCCAAAAUGUGUUUCUAAUUUGAGAAACAUAGAAACAUUGAAUCAGAGGAGAUGAAAGACAAUAAAAGCUACACCAGGGAAUCAGUCAAGUAAACUUUGUUCCUUUAAAGCUUCACAACGCAAGUGGCUCUGUGACCUGCUCUGUACACCACCACCUUGCUCAGUGGAGACAGUAAAUGCACACCCUCCGAGUGACAUCUAGAACCUGCAAGCAUUUCCUAACAUUGGAAAAGAGUAAACAGAGGUGUUACUAGAGAUGUGAAACCAUGCCAGUUCUGAGUUGAGUUUCUCUUCUUAAGCCAUAUUGUCCUUGUAAUCCUUGAACUCUACAUCCUUCUACUUGAGCCUUCUUAGUACUGACAUUACAAGCAUGAGUCACCACCCCUUGUUUUUUCAAUUCUCUUGCUCCUGAGAAACUGCUGUUUUUCCCUCAACACAGAAAUAUAUGGCCUCCCUAUGAGGGCCUCUUCCUCUCCCUGUUUUUUGUUUUUUGUUUUUUUUGGGUUAGGGCUAGAACUCAGGGCUUCAGGAAUACUAGGAAUGCUCUUGUUCUUGUCUGAGCUAUACCCCCAGUCUGUUUUCUUAGUUGAUAAAUGUCUUCUUGGCUGUCUGCAUGAAUUAUAACAGAACCUUAAGGUCAUGCUAAUUAUGGACAGACAGUACCAUCUACAAUUCAGAGUAUAGUAGGUUUUAACUUCGUUUUCUCCUAAGUAUGUUUUCCAGUUUUCUUGGGGGCUCGAAUCUUGAGUUAGGUGGGUGUUGGAUCCAUGUCCAAGUUUAGUUUAGUUUGAAACCAAUCCAAUUGGCAGAUUUUGUGUGUGUGUGUGUGUGUGUUUCCUCUUUGCUUUGUCUUUAGAUUCCAUUUCUGGGACUCAAACUGCAUUGAAUUCAUUUGUAAUGUCUGGAUUUGGAGAUUGUUGUGAAUCUCUAUUUGUUCAAGCAGUGUUGGCACUUUGGAAAAGGCCAUAGUUUAAGGUGGUAAGUCCCACAUCAAAAAAAACUUGAUACUAUCUUGGUAAUUGUCUACAUCAAAGCCAAGUCAUAUGUGUUUUGCACUAAACAAUGAGGGAACUAAAAUGCAUCAUAAAAUGUAUAAAAUGUUUUGUAUUUAACCUAUUUCAGUAUUUCAGUGAUUAUAUUAAUGCCUCCUAGAAUUCUGUUAAAUAAUUUAGUGAGUCAUGUAAUAAAUUGGUAUUGUGAAAGCCUCCUCAUCCCUUUUAUCCAAGCCACCAAUAGUUCUUGUAAAAGAAAAUAAAUGUGAAAUAUGUA